AUGAAGCCAGUAAUAGUUGUGCAUGCCAUCCCGGAUGAUAUGGCUAAGGCAUCAGUGGAUGGGGUGAAGUCUACAGCUACUGCAGCCUUUCUGGCUAUGAAGAGAGGAGGCAGUGCAUUGGAUGCUGUUGAGCUGUCUGUUAGGGCCUUAGAAGAUAACCCAACCUUUGAUGCAGGUCAUGGAGCAGUACUGAAUACUAAUGGAGAAGUGGAGCUGGACUCCAUCAUUAUGGAUGGAAGGACUCUAGCUGCUGGAGCUGUGUCUUCGGUGAAGAACAUCGCCAACCCUGUGUCACUGGCCCGCGCUGUGAUGGAAAAGACCGACCACAUCAUGUUGACAGACAGAGGUGCAAACAUGUUUGCUGAAAGCGUUGGCAUACCUGCAGUCCCUACAAAUGCCCUGGUGACAGAAUGUGAGAGAACGGAGAGGGAGAAGGCCAAGAAUUAUGCUGUUGAAGUGAAGGAGCUCUUCAACUCUCAAUGGGGCCACGAUACUGUUGGAGCUGUUGCUGUAGACUGUUCUGGUAAUGUUGCAUGUGCAACUUCCACUGGAGGAAUAAGAAACAAAAUGGUGGGCAGAGUAUGAGAUCAUAGGUAAUAGGUAAGUAGAUGUUUAGGGUCUGGUGGGUAUGCAGACAACCUGAGUUGGGCAGUAUCCUGUACUUGCCAUGGAGAGUUCAUCCUGAAAGUCACCCUAGCCAGACUCAUCCUCUUCCACGUAGAGCAAGGGGCUGCCAUAUCAUAA